AUGUCGUCAACUAAUGGACGUUUACUUGUUGAGUGGUUUAACUUAACUCCGGGAGCGUGCCUGGACGAGCUGCCUUAUGCUAACGACGCUAUAUCCAAAAACCUGUACAUAGCGCUGGACGUCAUCAUCGCGGCGUUCGCUGUUAUCGGCAACUUUUUGGUUUGUUUGGCCUUCGUCCGAACCAAGGCGCUACGAACGGUCGCCAACUACUUCCUGGCGUCUCUGGCCGUGGCGGACAUGUUGGUCGGGUUGGUCGCCAUCCCCUGCGCUGUGCUCACUGACAUGGGACGACCUCACCACGACCUGCCUCUGUGUUUGCUCAUGCUCAGUGUGCUAAUGGUGCUAACGCAGAGCUCCGUCCUGAGUCUGUUAGCCGUCGCCGCCGAGCGCUACAUGGCGAUCCUGCUGCCGUUCCAGUACCGCCGCCUGAUGAGCCCCAGAGCCGCGCGUUUCACCCUGAUACUCACCUGGAGCCUGGGCGUGCUCUCGGGGUCUGUGCCCCUCAUCGACUGGCAGCACCAACCGAGCAACUCCAUGUUCUGCGUCUUCACCUGCGUGGUCGAUAUGAGCUUCAUGGUUUACUGCAACUUCUUCUGCUUCAUGCUCCUCCCCCUCAUCGCCAUGUUCAUCAUCUACGCUCGCAUUUUCCUCAUAGUCCAGGGCCAACUCCGCCGCAUCGCUCAGACCAGAACUCGCGCCGUCAGCAGCGAGAGCACGGACGCCGCCGAGGGCCAAACCGAGACUCACGCGCCAAGAGCGGCGAAAACGCUACGCACACACCAGGAGAUGCAGAAGGCGACCUCGCUCUUCCUCCUCCUCUUCCUCUUCACCGUGUGCUGGAUGCCGAUACAUCUCAUUAACUGCGUGCUGUUCUUCGAUCCCACCUGCGACGUCCCCAUGUUCGUGACGCUGGUGGCCAUCUUGUUGUCCCACGCGAACUCGGCGCUCAACCCCGUCCUGUACGCCUACAGGAUGAGGUCGUUCAGGAGGGCGCUCGUCGACAUGUGGAGGGCGGCGUGGGGGCGGAAAAAACACAGCUAA